CUCGGUGUCUCAACUCAGGUCUGCGGGUCUGAGCGGUCAAGCCGGGGAGACGUCCGGGGAGAGACAUAUGUGCUCAUCUCGAGAGGGGCGUGUUGGUUGCGGGCGGCCAUGAACGCCCAUCGGGGGUAUCGGGCCUCCGUGUAGUUGAGCUGCGGAACCGGGCACACGAUGACACCACACAACACAACACGACACCACAGACGCACGUGAAAACAAAAGCUGUGUUGGUGUCUCUCUCCUGUUGUCACCCACCUCGCCAUUCUGCUCCUGGGACAGGCCAGCCGGCUCCUCAUCGAGGUCUCCCGUCUGCGGGGCACCCUCCCGCUCAGCUGCCGCCCUCACCUGCGGGUGAGAAACAGACAACGAUCCCUACACGUGUGUGUGUGAUGAUUACGGCGGCGUCGUGCAGGUUGAGUCGCAGAGAGGGCAGGUGGACUUGGUCACCAACCACUCAUCCAGGCAAUCCACUGAACACACACACACACACACACAGAUGGGUGCAGGCCUCGGUAGAUUCUUCGGUCUCUCUGUCUUGUGCAGUGUACACUAUACUGUGGAAUGCAUGGCCGCACGAGUUGAUGCGCCUGAAGGACACCAGACAAGAGAGAGAAAGAGGGGAUGCAGACGUGCAGCAGGUAUGUAUCUCUGCGUGUGUGUGUGUGUGCGCUUUACCGCAGUGUGUCCCCGGCGUACAUCAGAUCAUAGCAAACAGCACACAUCUACAUACACGGAUCGAUGCACACACACAUCAGAUGCAGCAAUCGACCCGCAAUCGACUCAUAUGAACAGUGGCGUCAUGACGUCUGUCUGCCAUCUUUUGCUCCUUACCUGGUCGCUACUGUCCCUCCCAUCAGGACCCCCCUUCCCCUCUCCCCUCCCCAU